UCUCUCAGUUGGUUGGUAUUAUCGUAUCCCAGUCUGGCGCGCGCUUUAUCGCUCUAUUUCUUGGCUUCCGCUCUGCGAUUUCAAUCGCUUCAAGUUUUCUCGGCACCGAACUGAAACUUGAACUGAAUCACAGCUUCUUGCUCUGCGGACUGUCGAAGAUGGAAGAGUAUUUGCAGUACAUGAAGACACUGCGCUUACAAAUGAGCGACGUGGAGGAUCAAGUUUCGAAGAUCUCUGUGGAAGAGCACAUGCACUUCACUACUAUUCGAACCAUGGAGAAUGAUCUUACUGCUGCAAAAAGUGAGUUAAAACAACUCAAAGAAGAUGCUGAGAGAAUGAUGCGGGCAAAGGGUGAAAUAUGCUCCCAGAUAUUAGAACAACAAAGAAAAAUCACCUCUUUGGAGCAUGACAUAUGUACACUUUCACAGACACUCGAGCUCAUUCAGCAAGAAAAAGUCAGCUUAGGAGCCAAAAUUAUUGAGAAGAGUAAUUAUUAUGCCAAAGUUUCUGAGGACAUCAGUCUCAAAUUCCAAGAUCAGCAGGACUGGGUAAAUGCUAACAUGAUCCGCGGAGAAGCGGAAGAGCACGAAUUGGUUACGUUUGAAACUGCUAAGCGAGGAAGUGAAACGGAAGGAUCUUAUGAUACAGUUGGAGGGAUCUCUGGCACUCGUAUUUACUGCAGUCCUAACAAUCUGGUGGAAGAGAGGAAAGAUUUAUUGGGUAAGUUGGAAUCUGCGAAAGCCAAACUUAGUCAAGUUUCAAAGAUGAAAUGUGCAGUUGUUUUGGAGAACUUCAAGAUUGGACAGUCAAUUGAGGAAGUUAAGAACGAAUUAAAUGAUUUCAAGCCAGAACUCAGAGCAAUGGAUGAUGUUACAUUGGAGGAAGAGUCCAAGGCGCUCUUAUCAGAUAAAGCUGGAGAAACUGAGUAUUCACAGUCCCUUCAAGACCAAAUUGCAAAACUGAAGGAAAUUUCGCGUGUGAUUAAAUGCACUUGUGGUAAGGAAUACAAGGCUGGAAUAAGCUCAAGUACGUGAUAAUGCAAACAGUCUGUUGUUUGGAAGAGUGAAGAAGAAAUAGGACAAAGCUAACCACUAUGCAGGUAAUUGAGAGGGUAAUAGAUGUUUGAUGGUGAUCUUGUGCUAGAAUCUGUCAAAACUUAAAACUUUGCUCAGCGGGUUAUUGCUGCAUUUGCAAUGUGCUAUAUUGUCUCUUAACGAGAGUAAUGUGCUAUGUUCUCAAUCCUAUUGCUGUGGAAAACGUUGCAACUACUCGAACUAAGAAAUACUUCUACUUAGUUCAAAAUUCUUCUUGAUUGCAAAACAACGUCGUUGGAUGUAAUGAAAUCUAACUAUAUUUACCGUGCUACUUUUGUGCAUAUUAAUGACAGCAAUUUGUUUCGAG